GAUAAAAAUACCCAAAGAAUUGUACGAGAGUGGUACCAUAACCGUUGUCCUCUGACUGGUGCUGGGGCGGUCCACGGGACGCACAUUGUCAAUAUUCAGGCGAUGAAAUCCAUGGACGACCCGGUCAACCUUUGGGAGACGCUGCAGGUUUUCUGGCCGUUGAAAGACCUCAAUGUCGAAACCCUCGAUAUCCUGGGCCAGGAAAAUCGGAACAUCCUGCCCCUACACCCAUUGGCCCACCACCUUUGGGAUAGAAACAAGUUCGGGCUACGGCUUAUUGAACAUCCAACCGAACCCAAGACCAAGAUAUACCUCCAGGUCAACUGGUUCAAGCAGCGGGCGGGCGAGAUCGAGCGGGAAAAUAGGAAGGACGCGAAGCCCUGUGCCACCCCCUUCGCGGGAACAGACCUACUGGAUACACAAAGGGAGCUGACCGCCGCCACGGGGGUGACUGGACGGGAAUACCUUCAACAUGGCGAUGUAUAUAUGCUAUAUAACCCCGAUUGUGCAGCACGCCCACUCCCUAAUAUCCGCUUUCUCGAAAUGCGGUACGCUGUUCAGCAGCUCUUUGCAGGCCAACAAACCGCUGAGGCCCUUCGCGUCAUAUUCGGAGGCGACGCACCCGACGACGAGAUUGAGGGACCAGAUCCAGAUGAGGCAUAUAUGCCCGCCGACUGGGACAACAUGAUCACCGACGCCUACGAUCUCGGCAUUCUAGACGACAAGAAGGAGCAGGCUUGGAGACAGUACAUCCUCCGCUCAACCUAUCGUCGAUACUUGAACAAUCUUCGAGCGACCGAGCCUGAGAGCGAAGGAGGGGAGGGCGACUAG